GCUUCUUCCCCUUUUCUUUUGUUUUCUUCAUCCCCAAUUUCUCCCAUCAAAAUUCCUUCGAUCUCGCCCUAAAAUGGCUUCCACCUCUGCUCUAUCAUUCUCUACCUUCUCAUAUACUUCUCUUCCAUCAUCUUCAUCUUCAUCUUCUUCUCCAUCAACACUUGUUCAUAGAUUCUCUUUCGAUCGCUACCCACCGCCCUCUUCAUCUCGUUCUGUUUCAUUCACCGCCAAAUCCUCCAAUUUUUCUGGGACUUUCUCUGAUGAUGAUCCGUUUGGAUUCUAUCCUUGGGAGUCUUCUGGUGGAGAUAAUGGUAUUGAAUGGGAACAGCAGGAAAUGAUUACCUUGUUCACUGCUGAUGGGCUUGUUCAAAUUGGAGGAUUGAUGGUCCCUAAGCGUGUCUCUUCAGCACAGAAGCAAGCCAAGGUGAAGGCUUCCCCUAAAUCACAACAGUUUAAAGAGAGCAAUUAUAUGGAUCCAGCUCAAGGCCUAUGUUUGGGUGCACUCUUUGAUAUUGCAGCGACAAAUGGGCUUGAUAUGAGCAGAAGACUUUGCAUCAUUGGAUUUUGCCGCUCCAUUGAAAUGUUAAGUGAUGUAGUCGAGGACACUGUUUUGGAGCACGGUGGAGAGAUUGUUGUAGCGGAAAAGGGUAGCAAGGGGGGUUUGAAUGAAAAGCUAACAAUGACAGUUGCUGUGCCGCUACUUUGGGGGGUUCCUCCUGCAUCUGAAUCGCUCCAGAUUGCUGUUCGUAGUGGUGGAGGAAUUGUCGACAAGGUCUUCUGGCAAUGGAACUUUUGCCUUACUGGUUUUCAGCAGGUUUAUUGUUUUUAAACUCGGCAACAGCUUGGUCGAAGGUGCUUCGAACAUGCUGACAUAUCAUCAUGAGAUCUUGGCAUGAAUCCUUCAACACUUGAUUUGCUGGAUCACCUACAAAACCCAAAGCAUAUAGACCCCAAAUCAACAUUCAAGCCAGGUAAGAAGACCAUCCACCUCGGUGCUUCUUCUUUAGGGUGUGUUUGGUAUGCAUAGGGGACGGGACUUGACUGGACUGGACGGAUAAAAGUGAGGUAGACAGUUUAGUAAUUUACCGAUCCUGUCCCAUCUCUUUGAUUUCUAUCCCACUAAGUCCUGUUCCAUCCCACCCUAAAUGUCGCACCAGACAAGAAGCUUUAAAUCUGUAUCGUGUACAAAACACACCCUUAGCAGGUUCUUACUAAUGAUUUAGUGAAAUAAAAAUAUUUAUUAUAAUGAAAUAAUACCAGAAGUUGGAGUUUUGAAGGGUGUGGAUGCAAUGUAUCAUGUAUGAUAGGCAUCGUCGAUCACCAAGUGUGACAUAGAACACAGUAUCAAGAAGCAGCAUUUGAAAUCUGCUUUUCCUCCCAUAACCAUUUGCCCAGCACAAGUCCAUUAUUGGGUGACUUCGUGAG